GUACCAGGCGGACGCUGAGCCAGGCGGCCGCCAUUGCUAAAAUAUUCUCAUUUUAUUUUUUUUGUUGGGGGACGUCUGGGGAUGGACAGGUUUGGAAGAAAAUCCACUUGAUCUUUUUGACUUCGGGAGGACAAGCAAUUAAUACAUUUGUUUAAUGGGAAGAAUAACAAUAUGGCGGAUACCCUUCUGAAUGCUGAAAGUACUGGUGCUAAAGAAUGUCUCAAAGAUGAAACCAUUUUGAAAUCUGUUAAGGAAAACGAUAUUGUGUUUAAAAAAAUACAAGAAUCACAAACCUCUUUUCACAAAAAUAGUUCAUUGACUGUAUCUGAAGAUUUAUCAAGGGACAAGUCUGUAAAAGCCUUAAGCAGAGUGCAGCACUCUCCAUUUGUACACACGGGUGCUCAUACAGCACCUAAUGAAAACAUUACCUUACCUAAUGGACCGGCUUCACACUCUGUAACAAAGACUUCCAGCCUGAACCCAGACCAUGCUUCUAUAAACAAUGACCAGACCAUGAGUCAACAGAAAGAUUUAUGUUCAACUUUGAAUGUGGCAUAUGAUCUUCAACAGUCCACAAAGAACACUGCACAAAUGUCGAGUCAGCAAGUUUUAUUUUUGUUACCUGAUGUAGCACAUGCCAAGAAAGAAACCCAUUCCAUUCUUAAACAUCCUACCUCCUCCCAUGUUGGCUUAGACACACCUAAUGGAAAUAAUUUCCAAACGGAUAGCACUUUAGAAGGGCCAACAGAUUUCUGUGAAGAUAGGAAAAAAGUAACUGUAAACGAUUUAUAUAACCAGACUCAAAGUUGUGAUACAGAUGAUUAUAUAACAGGAAAGGAUGCUAACUUGAAUACACAGAAAAACUGUGUAAAUGAGGAAAAAGCUAUAGAUGGGCCUGACAAGAACUCUGUUGUAAAGGUUGAAAAAAAGAGAAAAAGAAAGAUGGAUGGCAGUAAGAUAACUCGCUGCUAUUCUGAAGAUGCAUAUAGUGAUGUAAAUUAUAUUUCAAAGAAAUCAAAGUUAUUAAAUAUAGGUUUGAUGGAAGAGAGUGAUGAAGAGCAAAUGAUGGCGCCACACAAGUUUGUACUGAAGAAUGUCAAGUCUGAAUCUUCUCUUGAUGACUCAGAAGAGCACCUUCCAAAAGAAGCGAUUGAAGCUAUCAAACAUUAUAUGUAUAAUCCAGUGUGUGACUUUUCUGAUGAGACAUCACCUGUUCAUGUUAACUCAUUAUUUUCUAAUGAUGUCCAAAAUAAUUGUGAUUCUCCGUCACCACCAACCUGCACUAAUGAUCAAGAGCCAUCAUUUUAUCCUUGCACAAAGUGCAAUGUUAAUUUUAGGGAGAAGAAACAUCUUCAUAGGCACAUGAUGUAUCAUUUGGAUGGGAAUAAUCACUUUCGCCACCUUAAUGUUCCAAGACCAUAUGCUUGUAAGGAGUGUGGGAGAACCUUUAGAGACCGCAAUUCACUUCUUAAACAUAUGAUUAUUCAUCAGGAGCGAAGACAGAAACUGAUGGAAGAGAUUCGUGAAUUGAAAGAGCUUCAGGAUGAGGGGCGAAGUGCACGUCUGCAAUGUCCACAAUGUGUUUUUGGAACUAAUUGUCCAAAGACUUUUGUGCAGCAUGCCAAAACCCACGAGAAAGAUAAAAGAUACUACUGCUGUGAAGAAUGCAACUUUAUGGCGGUUACUGAAAAUGAAUUGGAGUGCCACAGAGGUAUUGCCCAUGGUGCAGUGGUAAAAUGUUCAGUGCUGACUUCAGAUCUACCCCAAAGGAAAGUUCAGAAAAAGACUGUAUUGAAAAAUUCUUACUUACUUUCAACUAAAAAGACUGCAACCUAUAUUUGUAAGAUGUGUCCUUUUACUACAUCAGCCCGUAAUGUUUUAAGGAAGCACAUUGAUUAUGUACAUCCAUCAUCUUCCAUGGAUCAGUUUAAUGGUCCUGUUUUAGUUAAAAGGGAGAACUUUUCUGAUCAUGAACUUUUAGAUAGUGAUAGUGAAACAAAACAUUUCACAAAACAGUCCUCGUCAUUUCCAAAGAAUUCUGUCUUAAAGCAAGAUAUAAAAAGACAAUAUGGAGCUAUGACUCAAAAUAAUUUUGCAAAGUUUCAUAGAAAACACAAGAUACAAAAAGCAAGGAAAAGUGCUGCUCAGUCGGUUGUCUGUGGACCUCCAAUUUCCCCAAACAAAGCCCUUCUCUUCACUAGCAAUGACCAAAAACAUCGAUAUUUUCAGCAAAUGACAAAACAAAAACAUGCUCGGGUCAGUCAUGCCUACCGAUAUGGACAGAAAUGGGAUGGCUUUAAGACACUCAAGAAGUCCAAUGAUGUAUACCCUCUAAAUUUAAAAAAAGAAAGUGAUAAUCCUGCCAACACUUUGCAUGUCCUUUCAGCAGAGCACAAUAUCCAAAACGAUCGCCUGAAUAUAGGUCCGCAGAAUCUCCAUCCAAGGAGACAUGUUGGUUUUAAAGAUCACAGAAGGGUAGGUGUUAAAAGGGUGCUAAAAUCUGAGCUUGAACGUCCUGUCACAGAGGAAGACUUGGACUGUUAUCCCGAUUUUCUCGAAAAAAUGACUUUUGCUGUUCUUAAAAAACUUGACUCCACUGAAAAAAAGGAGGACUAUGAUUCAUGGGAAAAUGGUGAGCUUUGUGAUUAUAAUUCAGAAUCACCAGAUGACACCUACGGUAAUCCAGCAAAGCAACCAGCUUACCCAAUUUUUAAAGACAAGGCAAAAGACCACCAAAACGGUGAUAACUCCAGCUUGCAUUAUAAUAAUGAUGGUUUUUAUUUUGAGUAUUACGAAGAUGAUGAUGAAAGGUUUUUGCAUGAUCCAGGUGCUACUCAUAUGGAAAAUGCUGAUUCUGGAUUGCCAAGCCACAAUUCUAUAUUCCACUGGAGUGAUCUGUCUCUUGAAAAGAAGAAUUGCCCUUACUGCCCUGCUACCUUUGAGACUGGUGUUGGAUUAUCUAAUCAUGUCCGCGGACAUCUUCAUAGAGCAGGGUUAACUUAUGAAGCACGUCAUGUGGUGUCACCAGAACAAAUUGCAACAAGUGAUAAAAUGCAGCAUUUCAGCAAGAGAACUGGCACUCCAACAAAGCGAGUGAGAAAAGUGGUAGAGAAAUCUGAAAGUCCUUCUGAACACACCUGCACACUCUGUGGAGGCUGGUUUGAUACCAAAAUUGGAUUAUCAAAUCAUGUUCGAGGUCACCUGAAAAGACUUGGCAAAACCAAGUGGGAUGCACACAAGUCACCGAUCUGUGUUCUCAAUGAAAUGCUGCAAAACGAAGAGAAAUAUGAACAAAUCCUCAAAGUACUGAGUGGCAGGCGUACUGUUCACAGGCCAUUUGCAGCUCAGAAAUCUUCCAGUGUGGACUCUGCAAAAAACAAUUCUUUACCUCUAGACGGACACCACAAUGGCCUAAAUUCAGAAAAUUCAGUAUCUGAUCAAGCAUCGCAGGAAAGACUGCGUUUACCAAACGAUUAUGAUGGCAGAAUUGUUCAGUCUGAAAAGGAUCAGCCGGUCUCAUUAAUUGAACUUCUAAAAAUGAAAAGAUCUGGUGAUGAGAAGAAUAUUGAGACUUCCCCUCAAAAGGUCAAUCAGACUGCAAGAAAGCGGUUUAUGCAGAAAUGCCUUCUUCCAUUAAAUGAAGACUGUUCACUGGCAUGCAAUCCACAUAAAAACUUUGACUUUGCUUUGCAGUCAGGUAUAUCUGCGAAGCAUAGGACCUGUGAAAAUUGCAAUACAACGUUUUCAAGUUCUGUUAGCCUGUCUAACCAUAUGCGAGCUUAUUCACGGAAGAGGAGUGCUGGACUUUUGACUGGAUCAGUAUUAGAUUGCAAGCAAAAGAAAUCAAGAUCGAGAUCUGGAAGUAAGAAGAAGAUACUGCCGCUGCCUCACAGUGCUGAUGAAGUCUACAUUUUGAGAUGCAGGUUUUGUGGACUUGUCUUUCGUGGUCCUUUGUCUGUGCAAGAAGACUGGAUAAAGCACUUGCAACGUCACAUUGUUAAUGCAAAUCUUCCACGGACUGGAGCUGGUAUGGUUGAAGUGGAACCACUAAUAAAAAAGACCCCCUCAAUCACUGACACUUCAUAUUCUUUAUUAAUUGGGGAAGCGGCUACAUAAACGCAAUCCGUCAUAAGCAAAACAAAAGUUUAACUGAUGUACAUUGGACCUGAUUUUUUUUUUUUUUGUGGGAUUUUUUUAAUGUAAUUGCUACAUUUGUUUAUAAUGAAAAGGACAACAAAUACUGAUUAGCCACAACCUGAAAAUAAACUCUUACCACAUUUGGUCGUGAAAUGUUUAAAAUUGGAACAUAUUUUAGAAUGUGUUUCAGACAGUGUUCAGUAGAACAGUCUUUGCUCAUGAGUGUUUUUGAUUUCUCACCAAGGUCCCACUGUUAUACAAUUGGAUCAUGAAAUGUUAGCAUAUCCAUAUUUCCAAAAAAAAAAACCUGGAUGUGCAGAAAUUCAGAAUGUUUUUGUUAUAUCAAGAAAAAACUCUUCAAUGUAUUUGUUUUUAAUUUAGGGCAUUAAGUAUUACUGUGUACUGCAGAGUUCAGAAGACUGUUCCAUUCAAAUAAGGCAAUCAGUAUAAUACUGUAUAAAUGUAUGUGUUUCCUUUCUUUUUUAUUUUAAUUACACAGAGGCUUUUGUACUAAAAAGUGGAGGGUGAAUUGUUUAAUCGCUAUUUCUGAAAAAGUGUAUAUAGUACUGGAAACUAUUGUUGUAAGCAAAUAUUCUUUAUUUCAGUUGCAUUUCUCACUAACUGGUGCAUCCAUGCUACCUCCUAUUUUGUCAACAAAGAUGUAUUUACCCAAUGACAUUUCUUAUGUAGAUUUUGAGCAAACUUUUCUUAUAGCAAAAAUCCACUUAUUCAUUUCUCUUUUAAUGUUUUAUCCUAGUGAGUUUGGCUCUUUUAGUACUUUUAUUAAACACGUUUCUGUAUAAGUAGCUUUCUCACCACCGUUUUAAAAAGUGUUUCUGAUUUUCGGUUUAGCUCCACACUUGAGCAUUUUAGCUAAAGUUUAAUAUUUCAACAUAUGAGAAUGUUUACAAUUGAACUUUUAGAACUCGUUUUGAAUGUGAUUGUGUAUGAAAAUUGUGUAACACUAUGCUCGUGCAAAGGGCCUACUUACAAAAAUAUUGAAAUAAAUGUUUUGUGAGAAUGGAA